AGUUAGAAAACGACAGCGCGCGCUGUGAGGAGUGUGACAUGACGUUCGUGUCGCGACAGAUGUAUGUCAGACAUUUACUCAUCACUGACAGACACAAGGAAAUGUCUAAAGAUAUAUUGGGGUGCAGAAAGUGCGGCGAGCAGUUCGAAAGUGCGGAGGCGAUGGAAAGACACACGCACUAUAAGGAGAGGAAGUAUGUUCGGAAAGACGCGCCGAGGCGGACCAUCAAGUGUGACGAGUGUUCAGAAGUGUUUUCGCAUCCGAACGGCGUAUACCAGCACUAUCUUCGCGAACACCCCGACACGCCGUACCGGUUCGCGGUGAGACGGCACUAUUUGUGCGAGCAGUGCGGCAAGACUUUCAAGUCGCCGGGCUUGCUCCAGCAACACGGCCUCAUCCACCUCGGGCUGCGCCCCCCGGCCGCGAAGAAGCCCCCGGGCCGCAACUCGUGCCGCCUGUGCGGGAAGACGUACAGCAAGCUGAGUGGGCUCUUUAGACACAAGCUGACACACCUAGGCGUCCGUCGGCACAAAUGCCAUAUCUGCGAGAAGGCGUUCACGGACACGUCGAACCUGAAACAGCACGUGCAGGGCGUGCAUCUCAACAUACGGAGGAUAAGGAAACGAUAAUACAGUGCUUGCAGGCGUAUAUUUUGUUUUGAAAAUACAGUUUUCGCAGGUGUAUGUUUUGUUGUACCAUCUUGGAGCGAAAAUACAGUGUUUGCAGA